UACCAUUUUUUGUUUUGUUUUUUUCCCUCUUUUUCUUUUUUGCCAACACUCCAAAUGCCCUAAAACUAAACCCUUACGCGCGUUCUAUUUCUUCUCCGGCGAAAUGCCGGUCAUCGCAUCCAUCUCCGGCGAAGCUCGAGGAGUUUCAAAUGCAUCAAACGGUGCUAUAGUUCCGUCAUCAUCUGAGGUCCGGCAACCAGUGGUCUAUCCCCUCCGUCAUGGCGUUAAGCCUCCAAUCACUCGCCUCUCAAUAUCCUGGUCACGAGGAAACACACUCCGCGUUUCAGUACUCCGGCCACCUUCUGAACAGAAUUCCGAGGACGGAGAAACCGGCGGGAGAGUGUUGGAGGUAAGGCUUAGUAAUGGAGACUCCGAGAUUAGUGAUGCACAGUGGCGGAGGAUCUCGUACGGUUCGGUCUCGCCGUUUGCUCUUCUACAGAGUCGGAGGAGUUCCAUGUCGAGCUUGUCGAAAAUGUCUAUGAGUCCAUCGUCUUAUCAAUUCGAGUGGUGGGAGUAUGUAAUGGAGUAUAGCAAGGAGAUCGGUUCACUUCUUGGUAAUUCAAAAUCAGCUGCUGAUAGUGUGAUUGAAGACUCCAGCAUAAUUUUGAAGACAGUUGAGGAGCCUACCUGCUUGAAAGCUGCAUGGGAGUUGAUGGAAAUAUUUUAUGCAGACAAGCAUUCUCAACCAUGGCUACCGGAGCGGCUCGUUGAUUGGUUAACUGAUUACGAUUGCCUCCUUUCCAGUACACAGACCACAAUCCAUUCAAAACUUGUGGGUUUUCAGAAAAAACUUGUCAAUUUGCAGGUUGUUGAAGACGACUCUAGAUAUUGGGAGGCGAUAUCAUCAGCACUAGCAAUUGGCUGGCUGGAACUUGUGGUUAAAAUGCUGCGCUUACAUGGAUCUUAUCAAAUCGAUCAGCUCGGAAAUCGUGAGACUGAGAAUGGGCUGGUGGAGGCAGUUGCUGUUCUCAUAUCAAAAAUGCCACGCAUGCGUGUUGAACUAUCAGAAGGAAAGUUAGGUGAAUGCUAUAAAGUGAAGCCUGAUUAUAUGAAGGCAUGGGAAAAAUGGAGGGCACAAAUUACUAAGCUGGACUCUAGUGCAUUCUGGGUUCAGUGCAAUCAUCAAUUGACCCGAGAGGGCUUGAAAAAUAUGCUACAAAUCAUGCUUGGAAACAGUAACAGUCUUUGUGAUGCAACAUGUCAUUGGUUAGAACUGUAUAUUUCCAACCUUCUAUACAUCAGACCAUUCACGAUGGGUCUAGAGAGCAUGUAUAGCUUAGCCCAGAAAUGCAUGCAGUUGAAACCUUCAUCCAAUGCCCAUAGAUUGAUAGAACUUAUGAUUGGAAUUCUGGGAGAAAAUACUGAGGUUGUCUUGGCAGAAUGUUCGAGAGCAUUUGGCCCUUGGAUGGUUGCUCAUGCUAUAGAGUUGUUGACUGCUGGGAGUGAUCAAGCAGAAGUUCUUUUACAUGAGGAGCGUGAUAACUUGGGAGAAAUUAGCAUAGCAGAACUACACCGGCUUGUAUAUGCCCAAGUUUUGUCUUCUCAUGUAUUGACCUGGCAAAUUGCUCCAAUAUAUCUGAUUUCAUGCAUGAAGCAAGGAAUGGGGUUGUUGGAGCUUUUGUUGUAUAAGCAACCUGUUCAAAAUAAUGAACUGCUUCUCAAGAAUAUAGAGAUAUGCCGACUAUAUGAUCUUGAUAGUGUUAGUUCAAACAUUAUGAAGAUUGCUGGAGUGUACCAUUGGAAGCAUGGUAGGAAAGGUUCUGGAGUUUUCUGGCUUCAGCAGGCUCGAGAUGAAGUUUGUCUUAACAGGAUUGCUCAGCAUUUGUUUGAUUCUGUUGGAAAGUCAAUAUCUGAUGAAAGUUUCAAGCAAUGGGAAGGCUUAAUUGAAUUGCUGGGUUCUGAGACUAAAGCUGCCGGAGGCCUUGAAUUUUUGCACAAGUAUAGAGAUUUUAAAAAGUCCCUCAAGCAGGUUCAAGUUGGAAAAACUAGUGAUUCUACCAAGCAAGCUGUAGAAUCUCUCAUAUCGCUUAUGAAAAACACUUCUACACCUCCCCGGUUUUGGCUGCCUCUAUUGUAUGAUUCGUUGAAGUUACUAAAUUGGCAGGAACGCCCUUUGUUAAGCGUUCCUCAGACAAACCUCUUACUGAAUAAACUGCAAGAGUUAUCCAUGGCAAGGCUGCGUCCGGACUUCACAGAAGUGGACUUACCACAGCAGGCCUUGAGUUCUGUUAGGUUAGCUCUUGCGACAAAUCUCGGUCGCGCUAUCUUGGAGGAAUAACAGGUGCCUAAAUUUCAGACUAACUUUGCUUGUGUUUACCCAAUCUGAUUAAGAGUUUAUGAGAGACAAUCUCGGAAGGUUUAUUGUUGUGGUGGUAGGUAAAGUUAUUAGGUAAAAUCAGUCCUAGCAAUUUAAGCAACCGGAAUUGGCAAAGCUCUCAAGAUUGGUUUCUCUGUGGUUUACCUGUUGUAUAAUUUGCAUGAUAUCAGAUUAAAUUGCCCAGGUUAUGAAUGAAGUGGGCCAUAUAGAGUUCUCUGAGUUGUUAUUUGAUUGAUUUUUUAUUUUCAUUUUUAAUUUUAUGCCAGAAUGCUUUCUUUAAGAAUA